GUGAAGACAGCAGGAUCCUUGGAAGCUUCUCGAUGUUUCGUCCCUGGGUAUGCACAGUAACUGAGGUUCAACAGCAAAUACUGAUGGUGGCCUGGUAAAAAAGUGAAAGCUCAUGUUCACCUGUUUCCAGGAUUUUACUAAAAGAAGAUGAAUACCACAUUUUACAUAAGCCUGCUACUGGCUGGUCUUCACACUGUUGCCCAUGGUCACCUCCCACCUAACCACCACAAUGGACAUGAUCCAAAUGAACCUAAACACCACAAGCAUCAUGGAAGUGAAGCGAUCGCUUGCCUCAAACUAGUGCCAAACAAUGCUGACUUUGCAUUUCAGUUUUUUAAAGAGGUUACGCUGGACUCGCCUGAUAAGAACAUUUUCUUCUCUCCUGUAAGCAUCUCCACCGCAUUUGCAAUGUUGGCCCUAGGGGCUAGAUCAACCACUCAGACUCAGAUUCUGGAAGGACUCGCCUUCAACCUUACAGAGAUUCAGAAGAAAGAGAUACAUGAAGGCUUCCAGAACCUCAUACACAUGCUGAGCCAUCCUGAGAGUGGCGUCCAGCUCAACAUGGGGAACGUCAUCUUUCUAACAGAGAAGCUGAAACCUCUAAAAGAGUUUUUAGAUGAUGCCAAAGCUCUGUAUCAGCUGGAGGCUUUUACCACUGACUUUAACAAUCCCAUGGAGGCUGAGAAGCAGAUCAAUGAUUAUAUAGAGAAGAAAACACAUGGGAAAAUUACUAAUUUGGUCAAGGACAUGGAUACACAGACUGUAAUGCUUCUGGCUAGCUUUGUUUUCUUUAAAGGCAACUGGGAGAAGCCUUUUAAACCAGAGCAUACAGAAGAAAGGGAGUUCUUUGUGGAUGCUGAAACUACUGUGAAAGUCCCUAUGAUGCACCAGACGGGCAGAUUCGACUUCUAUUUUGAUGAGGAGCUGUCAUGCACCGUGGUACGGCUUCAUUAUAAUGGGAGUGCUACUGCAUUUCUGGUUCUGCCAGCAAAAGGGAAAAUGAAGCAGUUAGAGCAAACUCUGGUCAAGGAAACCAUCCAGGAAUGGUCAGACAAUCUCUUCCAGAGCCCUAUGAGCCUCUACUUCCCCAAAUUUUCUAUUUCUGGGAGCUAUGAAAUAACAAAUAUCCUUAGCAAGAUGGGAGUUGUGGAUCUGUUCACCAACCAGGCAGAUCUCUCUGGCAUCACCGGCACCCCAGAGCUGAAGGUUUCUAAGGCUGUUCAUAAGGCUGCUCUGGAUGUUGAUGAGAGUGGUACUGAGGCAGCAGCAGCAACUGCUGCUGAAAUAAUGACAAUGGCUCUGCCUCCAACCAUUGAAUUCAACCACCCCUUCCUCAUGAUGAUUUUCGACAGAGAUACAAACAGUACGCUCUUCAUAGGAAAAAUAGUUAACCCGACUAUCACUAGCUGAAGUGACAUAUGAAUUCUGCUUACUAUUACUGAUUAAAGAAGAUGUGA